AUGGCUCCCCGUGCUGACUUCCCGCCCGUUCGGGCCUGCCUCUUCGACAUGGACGGUCUCCUCCUUGAUACCGAAGAUAUCUACACUAAGUGUGUCAACAUCAUCCUUGAGAAGUACGGCAAGGGAACCCUCCCCUGGUCCAUCAAGGCCAAGCUUCAGGGUCGCCCCGGCCCCCAGGCCAACAAGAUCUUCCACGACUGGGCUCAGCUCCCCAUCACUUCCGAGGAAUACAUCGCCGAGAACACUGCCCUUCAGAAGGAGCUCUUUCCCCAGACCAAGCCCCUCGCCGGUAUUGUCGACAUGCUCGGUCACCUCGGCCGCACCCGAUACUGGGAGGUCAAGGAUGGUGCUACUAAGGAGAAGUCUACCGCUGAACCUCACCGAGUUCACAUUGCCCUUGCUACUAGCUCACACCUUGGCAACUUCCGCAUCAAGACCAACCACCUGGAGGAGCUUUUUGCCGUCUUUCCUUCUCAUCGUCGUGUCCUCGGCGACGACGCUCGUCUGACUCCUGGUCGUGGCAAGCCUCUGCCCGACAUCUUUCUUCUUGCCCUGAAGACAAUCAACGACAGUCUUCCCGCCGGUGAGCGACCCAUCACUCCUGAGGAGUGUCUCGUCUUUGAAGAUUCUGUCCCCGGUGUCGAGGCUGGUCGACGUGCGGGUAUGCGUGUGAUCUGGUGCCCUCACCCCAUGCUGAAGAAGGAGUACGAUGGACGUGAGGCUGAGGUCCUUGCUGGACGCACUGGCGAGGCUGGAGAGGUCGACCUCCACCAAGUCGGCGAGAUUGAUGACGGCUGGGCCGAGUACAUGCUCAGCCUGGAAAACUUUCCCUAUGAUAAGUUUGGUAUCACUGUUCCUCCCGCCGAGGUAGAGAAGGAGGCUUGCAUGAAGGAGACCCCCGAGGAGGUUGUUGCUCAAGUCUAG